AUGGGAGCUCCAAGGUGUAAAGAACCCCUGCUCACAGACUCUGCGAAAAUGGUAGCUGUGGAACAGUGUAUGGAAAUACAUUACACAAUAAAUGAUAAGAUGUAUUUUGCAGAUGAUAUAGCUGAAACUACCUUGGCAGACAUGUAUACAAAAUAUUGGAAGAGUUACAUCUCAGCAUAUAUGCAAGAAGCGGAAUGGAUAGCUUCUAAUCAUAAACCAAGUUUUGAUGAAUAUUUAAUUAAUGGAGUGAUAAGUGUUGGCAUGAGAAUUACAGUGAUUUAUGCAUUGUUAUUAACGAAUGCUCCUUUAUCUUAUGAGAUUAUGGAGAAACUUGAUAUCCCAUCAUCAAGGUUGCAAGCUCUUGUGUCAUUGACUACACGACUAUUAGAUGAUAUCAAAGAUUUUGAGGAUGAGCAAGCUCGUGGAGAGACAACUUCAAGCAUUGAAUGUUAUAUCAAAGAUAACCCAAGCUCUACAAGGGAAGAUGCUUUAAAUUAUGUCACAAAUCAUAUUGAGAGUUGUGUACAAGAGUUGAAUCGGGAGUUUCUUAAGCCUUCGGAUAUACCCGAUUAUUGUAGGAAGGUAUAUUUUAAUGGUGGCAUCCGAGGUAUAUUUUUCUUAUUCAAGGAUGUUGAUGGUUUUACAUUUUCUCAUCAAAAGGAGAUAUGAGAUGCAACAACAAAAAUUCUGAUGGAACCAGUCAUGCCAUAGACUAAAAUUUG